AUGUGUUCAAUUUCAUGCCUAAUGCAGCAAGGCAAUCAAGAUGACAGGCUUGGCGACCUGCCCGACAGUAUUUUGCUCACCAUCCUUGACCGGCUAAAUGUGCAACAGGUUGCAAGGAUCAGUGUCCUUUCUAGGCGUUGGCGGCAGCUCCCAGCCAUGCUAUCUCGACUUCGGAUAAGUUUUUUGGAUUUACAGCCUCGGGUUACUGCCGAUAUUCCUCAAACUAAUGCACUUGUGGCUGAAGCUACAAAGAGCAUGCUGGGGCGCAGGGAUUCAAGAAGAAACACCAUCCAGUUCCUCUGCAUCAACUUCUUCUUGAUUCUUGAUGACUGUAUAUCCAUUGGACAUUCUGUUGGCCACACCAUGGCCACCCAGAAUGUUGAGAUUGCCGAGUUCACAAUUUAUGCUCAGGGUCGCAACGGCGAUGAUCGGGUCAACCAUGGGAGACGAUUCAUGUUGUUCUUUGAUGCUUGUCCAGGUGCAUUUGGUGGUCUCACUUUCCUCCACAUUCAGAAUUUGAGCUUUGGUGAAUCUGACAUCUCUAAUGUCCUCAGUACUUGCAAGCGGCUGAAGCGUCUACGCAUGUUCAAUUGUGGCCCUGGAAAUUGUACCAUACUGCAAGUUGAACACUCGCAGCUCACUGAGCUUGAUAUUGUUUGGUGUUAUUUUGAAAGGGUUGUGCUCAACUCGCUCCCAAAACUAACUCGAAUAGCCUUUGAGGGAUGGAUCCCUUUCGAAGAUCCGAUAAAUUGUGGUUACGUCCCACUGCUUGAGGCUGUAGGCCUCACUAACGUUGGUCUUAGUUGGCACAAGAUGGUUGAGUCAAGUAAGUUUCUUGGGGAUAAUAUCUCUGUGCGAGAACUGAAGUUGCAAUUUGAUUGGGAAAAGAUUUGGGUUCAACCAGAAUAUCUGGCAAAAAGGCUGCCAUAUGUGUUCCGCCAACUAAGGUUUCUGAAUCUAGCUCAAAUUCCUGAAGGGUAUGAUCUCACAUGGGCACUAUUCAUUCUUCAAGCUGCGCCUAACCUGAAGGAGCUAUACAUGACAGUAUAUUUUCAUCUCACUGAAACGUACACAGAUGCAGAUGAGAGUAGGGAACUCUCCUGUAGCGAGGUUAAGGGUGUAGUAAACUGGGAAUCAUCUGCGUCUGAUUUCCAGCACCACAAUCUGGCCACUCUCACCAUAUUUGGUUUUCAGUUUGAGGACUACAUGGUGAGCUAUGUCAGACGUGUAGUAAAAGCAGCGGCGAAGCUACAAGACGUGUUCCUGUAUGAUAAGCUGGCGUGCCGUAACUCCAAUGUGGGUGUUCCAGUGCCAUCCCGUUCGCCGUUUACUGAGGAGCAGCAGUCUUCAGCGAAGGAGAGAAUCACCGAGAGGAUCAACUCCUCUGCCAGGAUUCACUUUCCGACCAGGGCUAUCAUACCUUUGGGCUCCCUUGAUCUGCCUGCGGCAAGAGUGAAUGCUCAGCCAUCUCUGAUAGCAAGCAAACUAGCCAUGGUUUGA